UGAUUUAAUGUAAUAUUUUUGCGUAUUGGGAUUGUCGAAUGUUUACUUUGCUUAUCGACCAAGGCAAACAGUUCCGUGGCAUUCGGCGUGAACUGAAAUUAUUAGGGAAACCAACAGGAGAAUAAUGACUUUAAAACUGUAUUACGAUUUAAUGUCACAACCGUCUAGGGCGGUUUAUCUAUUUCUGAAAGUGGCAAACAUACCAUUCGAAAGUUGUACAGUUAAACUUCGUGAUGGUGAGCACUUUGAAGAAGCUUUUAAAAAAAUCAAUCCCAUCCAAAAAGUCCCUGUGAUUGAUGAUGCUGGAUUUAAAUUAACUGAGAGCGUAGCAAUUCUUCGUUACCUAGUAAGAAGCAGAAAUGUUGCUGACCAUUGGUAUAGUACUGAUUUGCAGCUUCAAGCAAAAGUAGAUGAAUACCUUGAAUGGCAACAUCUCAACACCAGACUGUUUUGUGCAAUGUAUUUUAGACACAAGUUUUUAGAGCCUAUGAUGUUUCAAAGACCUGUUGAAGAGAAAAAAGUUGCACGUUUUCAAAAAGAAAUGGAGAAGUGUUUAGGAGAAAUUGAAACCAUCUGGUUGGACAAUGGAAACAAGAAAUUUAUCACUGGGCCAAACAUUUCUGUAGCUGAUCUUUUGGCCUGUUGUGAAUUGGAGCAACCUGUAAUGGCAGGAUAUGAUGUUUUUCAAAAGUAUCCAAUUAUUGGUGCAUACAGGGAACGUGUGCGAAAGGCAACGGGGCCUCAUUACGAAGACGCUCAUAAAAUCGUUCGAAUUAUAACUCACAAGUUUUCGGGAGUCCCACGCGAUAGCAAACUGUAAAAAAUUCUAGAGCUAGUUGGGUUCGUGCACUGUAUUUUCCUUAAAGUGUAUUAGAAAUUACUAUAUUUUCUAUGGUUGAAGGUUUCCAAUAUAUUGAUAAAUACGUAUAAAGU